AUGGGUGGACAUGGAGGGGUACUCAAGACGCAGAAAAGGAUAGGCGAUAUAUUAUAUUGGUCGGGGAUUAUGCAGGAUAUCCGACAAUAUGUAGCUGCUUGCCAAGUCUGUCAGAGGUACAAAUACUCAACUCUGGCCCCAGGAGGACACCUACAACCUUUGCCUAUACCAGAGAAGAUAUGGGAAGACUUGUCCAUGGACUUUGUCGAGGGACUUCCCAAAUCAGGAGGGAACAACGCGAUAUUAGUGGUGGUAGACAGGUUGUCCAAGUAUACGCAUUUCUUAAGGUUAAAGCAACCCUUCACAGCUGCGGACGUGGCUAAUCUCUUUGUACAAGAGAUCAUCAAGAUACACGGGUUUCCUCAAUCCAUUGUCUCCGACAGGGAUAAGGUUUUCACCAGCCAGUUUUGGAAGGUGUUGUUUAAGCUAGCUGGACCAAGGGAACCUCCCCCAGUGAUCAAGUACGAGAAUGGAUCAACAGCAAAUGCGGAUUUGGAGAAACAAAUGCUGGAAAGGGAUGCGGCGAGAGUAGUGAUCAAGGCUCAACUUCACAAGGCUCAACAACAAAUGAAAAAAAGAGCUGAUGGACACAGAAAGGAGGUGGAGUUUGAGAUAGGGGAGCAGGUAUAUUUGAAAAUGAGACCAUACCAGCGUCGAUCAUUGGCCAGAGGGGAAAUUCCAGCAGCAACCCCAAUUUUGGCUCAGUUAACUGACAAAGGGUUUCUCCAUGCGGAACCAGAAGCAGUAGUAGGCACCCGCAAAAAUCCUGUUACCGGAAAAUCUGAAGUACUUAUCAGGUGGAAGGGAUUGCUAGACUAUGAAAGUUCCUGGGAAUGGGUCUCCACCAUCAAAGGACAGUUUCCAAAGUUCAACCUUGAGAACAAGGUUGCACUUGAAGGGGAGGGUAAUGAUACGUAUGAGGUUAAGACUGUUCACCAUGGUUAG